CAGCGUUUCACCAAAAAUGGCGUCACAAAAUGUCCGACACUGACUCUCCGGUCUUUAACUUGAUAAAGUAUUUAUAACGUGAUGAACAGAAAAGUUUGAAGAUGAAAGUUAUUUUGCUGUCUGCUAUACUUUCUCUUCAUAUUCUGAUUUGCGUGUGUGACACGGGGCAAACCGCCGACAAUAAACAACAACAAACAGGAGACAAUGCAGAUCUGAAGGCAAACGAAGAACUGAUAUGGAAGAAAAUGAGGAGUUCUCUACUGUAUAUACAGGCAUCCGAUCGAGACAGGUUUUUGAUGAGGUGUGGAGGGGGCUAUACAUGUACCCAAAAGAAUAUCUCUAGUAAUAAGUGGCUGGCGGGCACGGGGGAUGUAGCGAAGACACGUUUCUGGCAUACAUACUCGUGCUUUAAAGCCAAAGACAUCAAGACCUGUCCAGUCGACGGAGUGUGGGGCGCGUGGAGUCCUUGGAGUAAAUGUUCGGCAAAAUGUGGAAAGGAGGGGAACUCUACCAGAAUUCGCCAGUGUGAUAACCCUCUCCCAAUAAACGGAGGCCUCGCCUGUUCUGGAUACAAAACCAUGUCUAGUAUCUGUCGGGGUAAAUGUAACCAAAGCGUUGGACAGGUGGCGGCCUUUUCGAAGUCGAUGGCUUUUCUGAUCGUUAUCCAUAAGGCCCAUCCCCGCCUGGGUUCUCUCUGUCUGAAGAACCACUGUAUGUACGGCCAGGUAGCCAGUGUGUUACACGGCGGAGAUGCGGAGAGGUAUUGGUCAAGUUUGCAGUGUUUUAAGUAUAAAAGGGCUUGCCCGGUGGACGGAGGCUGGAACUCCUGGACAUCCUGGUCGAACUGUGAACCCAAGUGUGGGCCUGGUAUCCAUUGGAGAAUUAGGAACUGUACGAACCCAACUCCAGUAAACAACGGAUUCAUUUGUCGGGGUCCUUUCUACGAGGAGAAGCCUUGUGUAGGAAGAAAUUGUUCUAAACUAGAUUUUGCUUUGGGAGCUUACCUAUCUGAGUGGACAGUGUUCGGACCUUGCUCUGUCAGCUGCGGGCAGUAUGGUGUGAAGGAAAAACGACGUUUGUGCUUGAAACGGGAUAGAUGUGCCGAUAUACAGAGGAGAAAAAUAACCGCAGUAGUCAUUAGGAAACCCUGUUUUCGCGGACCAUGCACUCCAAUUGAUGGAACUUGGUCCAGUUGGUCACCAUAUACUGAAUGUUCAGCAGUCUGUGGAAAGGGCCGGCAAAUCCGCAUACGAACAUGCAAUGGUUUGCACUCGUCGGGUAGAACAGUUUGUGUAGGACAAUCCCUCAACGUCACUUCCUGUGAGAAGAAAUGCGAGAAAAAUAAUACUCUGACCCAUGGGACAGCAGAGGCAACAGCCCAAUCUUUUGUUCCAGUACACACCACACCUCCAAAGGCCUGGAGAACUGACUUUAACAAUCCGUACAUUUACGAGUUGGAGCCUGACCGAAUCGGUAUUUUUACUCAAUGGUCGCACUGGUCAUCUUGUUCAAAGUCAUGUGCUAUAGGACAGCGGUCAAGAUACCGGAAUUGCACUUUGGGAGGGCAGUGUUACGGAGAGCUGAGACAGGUUCUCUUCUGUCACACCGAGACAUGUCCAGUGAACGGAGGAUGGAGUGAAUGGUCGUCAUGGACACACUGUAGCAUCACCUGUGGAGAAGGAAAGAAGAAGAGAUAUCGGAAGUGUGAUAAGCCGCUUCCCCAGUUUGGUGGAACAUGUUUUGGGAAUAAGGAAGAAACAAAAAUAUGCAAUCCUGGAAAAUGCCAAUGGCUCCCAUUGGACUUUGCGCACUGGACAGCGUGGUCUCACUGUAGCAAAACGUGCGGAGUUGGUGAACGAAUAAGGUCUAGGAACUGCAAACUGGAUUCGAAAUACACAAAAGAUCGCCAGUACCUGCCAAUGUUGCAAAGGAGAGUCCCGAUAUGUAUAGCACGUGGGAACAACAGAUUUAGUGGGAGGUGUGCACAGAUGCCUUGUCCAGUCGUUGGUGACUGGGCUCAUUGGGGAUCCUGGUCCACAUGCAGUCAUUCGUGCGGGAAAGGAGUCCACUUUCGGGACAGAACAUGCUCCGAUCCCGCACCUUUGUACGGGGGAAGCUAUUGCAAAGGUCAGGGGUCAGAAGUUGCCCCCUGUUUCCAGGGUCCUUGUCCAGACGGAGAAGACAUAGGUGUGAGACUGAAUGGUAGCAGUGGGUUACUAUAUGCACCUUUCCACAAGCCCCAGCCGUACUUGAGUCUCUACCUGGUACUGAAUCCUCUACGUCCCAAUGGGACCGUUGUGCACAGGUCGCGGAUAUGUCAGCUGGAAAAAUGUCGUCAUGGUGUGAAUGUGUCUUUAGUGGAUGGUAAACCCCGCGUAGAGGUAGUCAGCAGAAGGUCAAGGAUAGUCAUCAUGUCUAGUACCCCUUUACAGGUUAAAGAAUGGCAUACAGUUUAUGUUUAUUUAUCCCAACACCAUGGAUUUCUGAGGAUCAAUAAUGGUGCUCACAUUCGUGCCAAGUACCACCCAAAGCCGUCCGUCCCGAUCAACUAUGACAGCGGGAUGACACUAGGGGCGGAUUCAAACGAAGGGUUUGUCGGUGUGAUUGCGGAGUUCAAGGUUAACUACCAGGUCCUGGGUUUACAACGAAUGGCAGGGUGGAGCGGCUACGGGAUGCCUGAGGAGGAAAGAUUAACACAGAGCGUUCGUGUUGAUCCCGUUGCAAAAUACCCCAAAUUUAAAGGGGACACGUACCUGAAGCUAUCCAUAAAAACCCUUCAAUCAUUACAUGUCCAGAUGUCAAUAUGGCCACAAAAGUUGGAGGGCCUCGUGUUGUUCAAUAAAGGGAGGAUUCCCGGGUCGUUUAUGUACUUAAUGAUACACAUGGGGACGUUCCGUUAUUGUUUUAACUGUGGACGCCAAUCCGUGUGUGAAAGCAUACAAGAUGCAGAGGCGAUGCGCUGGUACCAUUUGUCGAUUGUCUUGACCGCUACCAGGUCCAUCAUUCGUGUAAACUUGGGGAAGGCGGUCCAGCUAACCUCUCCGGGACUACCUUACCACCCCGGCUCGCACGUAUUUGUGGGUGGAGGUGAGAAACACGACUGGGUCGUAUUUACUGCUAUCACGGGCAUAGACCGAGGAUUCUCAGGAUCCAUCCACGAGGUCACAAUCAAUGGUCAGUCAUACGGACUGUGGAACUUGCCUCUGGUGGACAACAGGGGCUUCAUGAACACCGAUGGCGUCAGUUCCACGGAGAAGACGAUGGAAGUUGUGGAGCGAAGCGAUAGUAAAGUCGUACUUAAAUGUGAUUUCUCCCGUUAUGUACAUUCUGGAAAUGAUGUCUCUGUGGAAUGGUUCCAUGUAGACAAGAAAAUCAAGACUGGUCCUGGCCAAAAGAUUGUCCCAAGGUUGCCAGGAGACUCCUACCUCGGAUCACUUACCUUGUCCGCCAAACAUCACGAAUCAGGACUAUAUGUGUGUAUCGUCCAGUACGGUGGACAGCUAGCCAAUCACAUUGCUUUCGUCCUCACUAAGGACGACACUGACCGCGUAUACAGUGCUGUCAAUAAGGAAAUGACCGCAGUACAGGGAUUUUCUCAUAUUUAUGGCCUUUUUUGCUCUAUUUUCCCUCAUAUGUUUUGCACUUAAGAUGUUUCAAUUGGCAAAGGAAGAUGGUAUACGCCCUAUAAUUAAAAAAUUAAAGGAGUUUAAAGCAAGAACGACAGGAGGUAAAGACAAACCGGAGGCAAUGUUUCCACAGCCGCCAGGGGUAGACGACCUUGACAAGGCUGACCUGGUUUCCAACGAAAAAACUGAUGAAUCUGACGGAGAUUCCAAUGUCGAUAUCAAAGAUGCACAUGACAAAUUAUCCGACAGUUCUGUACCUGGUGAUAUUGAGAUUAACCUUCAAUCUUCGUCCAACUCCGAAGGCGACGGUGAUG